AUGUUUUAUUUUGCAGCCCUUGCUUCAGCACAUGGUACCCAUCAUGCAUUGCCGUUAUCUUUAUCCAAUGUCAUCACGACUACAAAACCUUAUAAUGUUCGCUCGAUGCCUAUUCUAAGGAUGUCUGAAGUUGCCUGGGACACCAAUCGGGGAAUGUUGACAAACGGUGGCGGUGGUCACGGUGGACAAGACAUGGCGGGGAUGCGACAACACGCAGUUGCUACUCGCUCUCAAGACGAUGCAAGAGUCGGAUAUUUUUUUCAGAGACCACAGACAGAUGCCGAACUCGUCAAUUACGGCAAUAAACGAUGGGCUCCUGGCGACGACAGUAUUAUUGAGCAGGGUCGUGGGAUAGCUGUUCAGGACCUGGAAAGGGAGUUCCAUGCGCUCAGCCUUGGUCAAAGAGAGGUGAUGAGAUAUCCACAGGCAGAUGCUGGUCCUAUGGCAGGAGCACCCUACUUGACACAAGGGAGAGUUUCCAAGAUGAAUACGCAUAAAAAACUAUGGGAUGUUGAAGAUGAUGGUAGUAAAAAUAAUGAUGGAAACAAAGGUAUAUUUUCCAGCAGUCCCUGGACACCUCGUGAUGACACCUGGAGUACAGCAGAUCAUGCAGUAUCACAACCACUUACUGUUGUUCAAAGGAGAGCUGGUAGCUUUCCUAAUAAUGAAGUAAACAGUGUAUUGUCUCCACGUUCAGAAACCAAUGCACUUGGAGUUAACAUGGUGGAAUAUGUAUUAAGUAGCUCACCAACUGCUGGGAAAGAUUUGGAUCCACGGCUUAAUCGAUUAAAAAGCUAUGUUGCACCAGAUUCUUCCAUUGAAAAUGCUGAAAAGAAAAGUAAGACUCCAUCUCCAUUUGAAGGUGGUGAAGGAGAUCGUAAUGAUAUUGAGAAUAAAGAUACAUUACAAGCUAAUGGAAUUCUUCAGAAUGGUUUGGAUGAAGAUGAUGGUUACCGUGGAAGCCGUCAAAACUCGCCAACAGAAGAUACAAAGGUAAACCAACCCACCAUCUUAGUUGAUGGUCAAAAGCUGAUGAAAACUGAGCCAGAUUUUCUUGAAGCUCAGCAGUCACUAACUCAGCAAGGAUUUCAAAUUGAUCCAAACACUUUUGAACCUGUUGCAAUUGAUCCUGUACACUUUGAUUAUCCAAAUCAUUUAAUGCCAUCAAUGGAUAGUCCCAACUUCAACAUGGACUAUACCCAACUACUUCAGCGCCAGCAGCAGCCAAUUGCAGUUCUUACCCAGCAGCAGUAUGCUUUGGCUGCUCAGCAGCAACAAUUAGGCUUGACUCCUCCUCCCGCCGCGAUCACAUCUCCAAACCCCUACGUAGUCAGUUCAGCUGCUGCAGCUCAGGAUCCUUAUGCUGCUAUGGGGAUUCAGAUUGCAGCUACUGAAGGCACAUAUGCUGCCCACAGAGAAAGCUCUGGUGUUGAACACCAGCACUUCAGCCUCCAAGGUCCUGCUGUGAUUCAUCCCCAGUAUUACAGUUUACAAACUCCAUGGGGACUAUAUCCAGCCAAUUUAAUACAACAGCAGGGGCAGCAACCUCACCCUGGAGCUCCACAAUCUGCUGCAGCAUUAACUCAACAGCAGCAGCAGCAGCUUUUGCGUGGUCAGUCAGGUCGCCCAGUUACUCCUCAGCAACAAAAUGAAAAUAUUCCAGCUUCUGCACUUCAAGCCCAGGCUCUGCAAACACCAAAUGCUGCAGGUUAUCAGUUUUUGGCUACUGCCUAUUAUGACCAAAAUGGUCAGUUGGUCAUGGGUAAUCCACGUGGUAUUGGUACUCCUGUUAGGCUAGUUUCCCCUGCUCCAGUUUUGGUUAAUACUGGUAAUCAGCAAGGUAAUGCGAAUUCUAUUGGAAACAAUCCUUUGCGCCUAUUAACAACCCAGGCUCAGCAAGCACAGACACCUCCUGUUAUCUACUCAAGUAACAAUUCAAGUAACAGUGCCACACCUCAACAGAACAAUACUCUUGGUGGUGGUUACACACCCUCAAGUACAUUACCUGGUUAUACCCAAGUAACAUCCAGUCUGUUCACUCCUAUUAGUGCCAAUCUUGGAUUGACAGCACAACAACAAAAUAAUUUUAGUGGACCUACUGCCAAUUUGGGUGGUUCAGCACCAGGUGCAAUUGGUUCUGGGUUAAAUAGCCAGCGUCGUGAUUCAUUAGAUUUUAAAAGGCAACAACCCACUUCAGUGUUAUUUAACCAAUAUUAUAAUUCCAUUGGAGGCAUGUCUGGUGCUCCAGCUGGACCAAUGGGACUGGUACAGCCUGGCCAGUCAGUUACUCCUCCACCAUCUUUAUCUGGCUCCACAUCCAACCUCUCAAUAGGUUUAAGCAACACAGGCAGGUUGGUUUCAGCUGCACCUGGUGCUGAAACCAGAUUUCGAAAUGGGCCAAUUACUCCUGGUGGAGGUUUGCUUACGAGUGGUGCACUUUUCAACAGGGCUCACAGAAGUGCUAGCCUGUCCAAAGAAGCUUCUGGAAGGAGCCGUUUAUUGGAGGACUUCCGAAAUAACAGAAUUCCAAAUCUCCUCCUGAAAGACCUUGUCAACCAUGUUGUAGAAUUUUCACAAGAUCAGCAUGGCUCCAGAUUCAUCCAGCAAAAACUUGAAAGAGCAACCUCCCAAGAAAAAGCUAUGGUCUUCAAUGAGAUUUUAUCUGCUGCUUACAGUUUAAUGACAGACGUAUUUGGAAACUACGUUAUUCAGAAGUUCUUUGAAUUUGGAAUUAAUGAGCAGAAACAAACCUUGGCCCAGCGUGUGAGAGGUCAUGUUCUGUCCUUGGCAUUGCAGAUGUAUGGUUGUCGGGUUAUUCAGAAAGCCCUUGAAUCUAUUCCCCCAGACAUGCAGGUUGAGAUUGUCAAGGAAUUAGAUGGGCAUGUGUUGAAAUGUGUCAAGGACCAGAAUGGUAAUCAUGUUGUGCAGAAAUGUAUUGAAUGUGUGGAGCCGAAACACCUUCAGUUCAUCAUUGAUGCCUUUAAAAGUCAUGUGUUCAGUUUGUCCACACAUCCUUAUGGUUGCAGAGUAAUUCAACGAAUUCUGGAGCAUUGUACUAAUGAGCAGACUACACCAAUUCUAGAAGAGCUACAUGAACACACAGAAAGACUUGUACAAGAUCAAUAUGGCAAUUAUGUUGUGCAACAUGUUCUAGAGCAUGGUCGUGCAGAAGACAAAAGCAAGAUUGUCAGUGUUAUUCGGGGCAAAGUCCUUGAUCUUAGCCAACACAAAUUUGCCAGCAAUGUGGUGGAGAAAUGUGUAUCUCAUUCCUCAAGACAAGAACGAGCAUUUCUUAUUGAAGAAGUAUGUUCAAUGAAUGAUGGUCCCCACAGUGCCUUGUAUACAAUGAUGAAGGACCAAUUUGCCAACUAUGUUGUACAGAAGAUGAUUGAUGUGGCUGAACCGCCCCAACGAAAGAGUUUGAUGCAUAAGAUCCGUCCACACAUUGCCACAUUGCGCAAAUACACUUACGGAAAACACAUCCUGGCUAAGUUGGAGAAAUUUUUUAUGAAGGCCAGUUCUGAUAUGCCUCCAAUUAGUAUGGCACCCAAUGGCGCUCUCCCUUGA